AUGGCAGAAAACGACUUACCUUCCCUUCCGCCUCCGCUGGCCGAUAGCUACCGGCACUACAAAGACCUGACCCGCUCCUUUGCCACAUGGCUUGCCGGUACUGGCGAGAGAUAUGGAUUCCGCCUGUCUACAGCUAAUCAAACGACAAAUCGUCCUUCUGAGCUUUCAUCCGAUAAAGCAAAUCCCCGCCUCAAGGGCAAAGCAAGGAAACUGGCCAGAGAUGCAGAAAAAAGAGCGCAAAAUAAGAGCUCUUUGACAAAGACUUUGCUGCUGAAGGAUUUCAUUCCAUUAGCCAAGCAUAUCGCCUCUUCAAAACCUCCCCCGAAUGUACCUUCAUCGGUCCUAAUGAAGCUGGAACGAGCUAUAGAUCUGAGACGACGUUGUGCUUCAUGGUUCAACACAAAAGUGCAAUCAACUGCUUCACUCGCCAGCAACGCAUCCCAUGAGCACUUCAUCAACAUUCUGAAUACCGUUCUAGACAUAUUGAAACCGCUAUGCAGCCAAAGCACUGGCUCGGGACACGGGAAGAAUAAUACCACCAACGGCAACGAAGGGGAAGAAGGUGUUGAACCUCAGCUCACACUACAUAACCAGUUCGAAGGUCUUACGGUGGAAACACUAGAGGAUGAUCAAGAAGAGCUCGAGAACGUUUCACAACAACGCACGAAUCCUGCAAAGCCUGGUAAAACUGCUUCCCCAGCGACGACCAUCUACACACCUGAACAGCAGCUUCCCGAUGAUGAGUUCAUAUUGGGUUGCUUCUGCUUCUUCCAAGACUUGCAAGAUGUACGCGGUUUUCUGAAAGAAACAUGGCAGAAAUAUAAGGAUAAGCAGGUCACGCUGAUCACGGCCUCUUUGAUCACCACUGCUGCAUUGGAUUUUGUUCGGAAAUCAGAGCUGAACUUCAAGACAACCUUCUCCCAAUCAGGUGAUUAUUAUGACAUCUUUGUCGACCAAAUGUUUCGCCGAGCAUGCACAAGACAAGGACAUCCUUUCGUUGCAAGGCGGAAUUUUCGUGCAACAACCACAAAUUUGCAUGAGACACAGCCCUACGUGGAUGACAUGGUUUCUGAAGCAGAGUGGAUCAUGUUGCCAUCUUGGCAUUUGUUGAACUACAGUGCCAGAAUUUUCCUUCUUGAAGAGGAUGGGGUUCCAUGCAGAUUUCAAGCAGUUCUUGAAGCAGAGGAUCAUAUGGUAAAAGUCUGGCAGCUCUUUGCACCAAACCCGGCACCAGAAUCGGUAUAUGCUGACCGGCGGGAGCACCAAUCAUUCGAUGCGUUGUUGCUCGGCAUCGGCAUGGGAACAUUCAAAAACCAGUUUGAUAAUGUCGGAGUUGACCAAUUCAGAACCGGGUUGGCAGAAAUGUUGCAGACAGACAUGAUCCCUGCUUGGCUUGUUUUUGCCACCCAGAACUUCUUGGAUAUCCAGCACAUUCUGAAACAGGACGUUUCCAGAGGCUGGCAGGACUUCAAAUCGACAUUUGCAAUGCUUCAUGAUCGAGUUCAGCAGCAUAUCAAUCAUCUUAAGCCGCUCGGCGCAGAGAACACCGUGGAGGCUCGGGAUUGCGAAGCGUUCGAAGCUUGUCGGGAGAGGUACUUUGAGAUUGAAGUUCAAGGCCUCCAAACUGUCUUUCUGCUACAUCCUGUUGGGGCAGGGCUCCGAGAGUUCUUCACCGUCACAUGUUUCCGGCGCAUUGGGACUUAUACCGGAAACAGCAGCGAUGUAAUCUCUAUGGCCCACCUUUAUCAUGUCUCUCAGCUGCAGAGCCAGUGUGCUACUUGGCCUGACAUGGAGUUUGUCAUUGGCACUCAAACACCGGAACAUGUCUUCCUUGGAGGUCGGCCACCUACUUUCGAGCAAUGCUGGCGCAAAGUUGAGCUUUCACUGGGAUAUUCUAUGCGGAACUUCCUUUCGAGUGCGGCGCCGGACUCGAGCAUACGACGUCGAAAAACCAUUCGAAUGCUGGACCCAGACGACCUACCAAUCACCAGCAUAUUCUUCGCUAAGGGCAUGGUACCACGGGUUUCCGACAUUGAAAGAACGACGGAGAAUUUGGAAACAGUAUUAACUGCUGCUCUGCAUGGCGUCGAUCGAGCCCAGUUCAAACAAGACGAUUACGGAAAGCUUGCCAAUAGAGCCGAGCUGCUAAAACGCACCAGCAGAAAGCCAAAGGCGACCAUGCGCCAACUCCUAGUCGUACUUGAAGAGAACCUUGUGCAUGAACAAACUGCCCUGCAUUUCGACUAUUACAGCUUCCGAAUUGUUUGUUACAAGCUCUUGAAGGCCAUUGCGCAGCGAAUAAGGUCUGCUUGGAUACAUGCGACUGGGCUCGAACCGGAUGAUGGAUGCGAACUCCCUACGCAGCUCCUCACUUAUCUGAUUUUCAACAUAGCGAAUAUGAGCUUUGUGUUAUCGGUGGGUGCAGGCGUUCCGCACCUUGAAUCACGGGUACUCAACGAGGUCACCGUGAUGCUGGAAGACCACAUCAGACCGAACGGGAGUACUCUGGUGAGGGAACUGCAGCAGUUCGCGUCUGGGGCUCUCCUAUGGGCCGACUACAAAGCUCGAUUCGGCGAGCCAGCAUCGAGCCAGGAGCAAGAGUCGUCAGCGGCGCGACCAACAAUCACUUCGAUGACGGAGGAGGAAAUGCAGCGCACACGUCGCAUAGGUGACAGUGCAAACGGACUGCCUUCGCUCGAACCGAGUUAUUUUCAAGUGACGCAGAGAAGGCGUUGA